UCGACAUAUCGAUGAGCUGCGUGGUGUCGCUCGCGAUCACCAAUGGUAACCAUUCCUAACUUGGUAAGAUCUCGAAAAAAGCAUUCCCAUUUGAUAUAACAGCCAUAAACAGCAAGUCCAAAACUAUAAAAGCGAACGAACGUGCGCAUUUCAUGAUUAAGUUAAAUCAGAAUGGCAAUCUUACAGCAAUAGCAUUACUACAGCUUCUUUCGCUGAUCGUAUUCCCCGGAUACGCUCAUGCGACAUAUGACCCGCGAACAUUGUAUCACAGCAAUGCACCGUACGGUACAAUGCAACAAAAUGACUAUGGGCAAAGAUUUCCACAGCAAACUUUUGUUCAAAAUCCGUCGUACCAAUCGCUGUACGAGUAUUAUUUGGGAGAUGAGCAGAGGCCUGAAGAACAAAAUCGAACAUUCUACCCAGGUCAGGUCCCUGGCAUGGCUUUCGGCCAACCACCACAGAGACGGAUCUAUACAACGUCUGUGCCAUCACCGCAGUUUGAUGAUGAGACAGAGAAAGAGCUUUCCGUUCUCAGGCACCAGCAGCUCAAAAUGAUCGCUUUAAUUGAACAAGGAUAUUUGAAUCUUGAUCGCAACGAGUACUUAUUCGUGCAAAUACAAAAGAUACGUCAGAUCAGCAUGUUCAACGCCGUCUAUCCUUUACAAGUAUAUCUUCAAAAGAUGUUUAGAAUGUACGAUAUCAUGGAGUCAAGAAGUAAGCAAGGUGUUUACAUUCGGCAAAUGACACUAAUUCAAGAUCUUGAAACGAAAGUCAUUGAGUUGCUUAAUGAAAUCGUAAGACAAUAUGUAGUUUUGGGUUUUGAUCAGCCUAAGUACAAUGAAUUACGUGGCAUGAUCACAAACGCUAAACUUGGUUCAACGAUACUCUGUGACAGUUUGAAGAAUGUAGAAAUCGUGAACAAAAUGCUUAAAUCGUUUAAUGAUGUCAAUAUUGCGGCAGACAAAUCGACGCUGGAGGCACUCCGGACAAAUGCAUCAUGUAACGAGAAGCUUACGGCAGCAAUGAAAUAUACAAAACAGAAGAAUGAGGAAGAAGUUGCUAACUUGAGGGACGAAAUUGAUAGUGAUGCAUUCAUGAGAGCAGUCAAGCGAGCAUCAGACAGUAUUGGCCCGAACAGGGGCACUAAAGUGAUGCACACUAUGGCUUCGUUGGUCAAAAACAUAGGUGAAUUCGUCAAUUAUACUAAUAACACUGGAGUUAGACUAGUAAAUCUUAAUAAAGACAUUGAGCACAUGCAGCAGACAGCUGCUGGUGCAGUUCAAGCUGGUGCAACGGCGACUUCUCAGUCGAACAGAAGUGUGCGACCACAAGUGGCGCCUACGCAGACUCAAUCUAAGAUUGUGCACUCUAAACCAAUUGGAGCAAUGAAAGCCAUGGUCGGUGCAUAUAAUAACAUGUUCAUCAGUGACUCGCCAACCGCAUCAACUAAACAAGGAUCAUCAGCGCCGGUAAAGCCCAGAGUACAGAGAGCAGAAGACGAUUUUGAACAAAUGUUCGCCGAUACUACGAACUGGAAAGACUUACUUCCAAAGUAUGACGAGCAAUCGGGUGUGCUAGAACCAGAGUUCCAGCCAAGGCCAGUUCAACAGACAUACCCUACGGCCGAAGAAGAGUUCAGAGCUACGUACGCACCUUACAAUGAUCGCCUCGAACAGUUACGAGAAGAAGUUAACGGACAAAGGAGGGCUAAUAACUUAACGACUGACUCAUAUAAUGAACAGCGAUACGACAGGAGAUAUUAAAUUCUUAAUCUGAAAACUUUCUUUGUUUACUUAGUUCAUGUUAUUGACAUAUGUGGUUUCGUAAUGUAUUCAUUAGAAAAAAGUAUUUUUAAAUUGCGUAUGAUGUGAUACACUGAAUCUGCUCAACAGGCAACACGACUGAAAUGUUAAUAGAUACACAUUCUAACCCGCCAUUCACGCCUGGUUGUCGCAUAUCAUUAUUUUUGUGACGAUGUACAUGCGAAAAUACUAUGCAUGAUGGCACACUAGUUUCCUCUAUGAACCAGAGGCUAUGAUAGGCUUUUUUAUGACCAGAAAAGAUAGUUCAUAGUUUUAUAAUCGAUACUCAAGUGAAAUAAUGAUACUAUGAU